AUGGCCGCCGAAGUUGAAAAGAAGCCUGUGUCCAUGAUCGACCCGUCGCAGCUUCUGCGUCCAGAGCCGACGUUCAAUGACAAGCCUAUCGACGCGUUCAGGGACUACAGCGUCGACGAUACGGACCCCAUCAAGGAACGGGUCCGACGCACUUACUACUUGAUGCAUUCCAAUGUUACCGUCGAUUUGGUCAAACAAAAACGCGAGAAAUGGCUAAAGUUCAACCACUUCAAGGCCACAGUGAAGGAUGCUCUCAUCAAACUCAAUGAGCUGGUGGACGAGUCAGACCCCGACACGGACCUACCAAACAUCGUGCACGCCUUCCAGACCGCUGAAAGGAUCAGAGAGGAUCACCCUGAUGAGGACUGGUUCCACCUUACUGGUCUCAUUCAUGAUUUAGGCAAGGUAAUGGCAUUUUAUGACGAGCCGCAGUGGUGCGUGGUCGGAGACACUUUCCCCGUUGGUUGUAAAUGGGCUGACUCCAUCGUCUAUGGUCCCGAGAGCUUCAAGGACAACCCCGACACUUAUAACCCUAAAUACAACACCAAAUAUGGAAUGUACAAGCCCCACUGCGGAAUCGAUAAUUUGCUGAUGUCCUGGAGCCACGAUGAGUAUCUGUAUCAAUUCCUGCUACAUAACAAGUCUACGAUACCUGAGAAGGGUCUAUACAUGAUCAGGUACCACUCAUUCUAUCCUUGGCACGCAGGCAGAGACUACCGCCAUCUGAGCAAUGAAAAAGACGAAGAAAUUCUAAAAUGGGUGACCGAAUUUAACAAAUAUGAUUUGUACACGAAGAGUGAGAAGGUGCCGGACAUUGAGGCUCUUUGGCCGUACUACGAAAAGCUCAUUGAGAAGUACAUCCCUGGAAUCUGCGAAUGGUGAUAACAUCACA